AAUUUCGCUCUCUCCCAGUUCGCCCUGCUGACAACCGCUCGCGAUCUCAGUCUUUUUGCUUCGGGCCCGUAGUCGGUGUAAUGUUUUGAGGUCUCUGAUCGCAUUAUUCAUCCAUCGUAAUCCCAGGUGUCUCGAAUAAAGUGUCAAGAUGGUGCGCAUGAACGUAUUGAGCGAUGCUCUUAAAUCAAUUAACAAUGCCGAAAAGCGAGGUAAACGCCAAGUCCUCAUUAGGCCGUGUUCCAAAGUCAUCAUCAAGUUCUUGAAAGUCAUGAUGAGUCACGGAUACAUUGGCGAAUUUGAAAUCGUUGAUGAUCAUAGGGCUGGCAAAGUUGUGGUUAACUUAACCGGUCGUCUAAACAAGUGUGGUGUCAUUUCUCCAAGAUUUGAUGUACCUAUUAGAAAUAUUGAAAAAUGGACUAAUCAACUAUUGCCAUCCAGACAAUUCGGAUUUGUAGUGCUGACCACAAGUGGUGGUAUUAUGGAUCAUGAAGAAGCCAGACGGAAACAUUUAGGAGGCAAAAUCUUAGGAUUUUUCUUUUAAAUUGUACGUUUUUAACUUUAAUUUUUUUGACUAAUAAAGAAAAUGUACCAUUAAAA